AUUACAGUUUCAUUAUCUCAACAAGUAUGGCGGCGUACAGAAGGAAGUUGUUCGCUGCAGGACUGAGCUAUGCAGUUUCGUUGUUGAGCAGCGGCGGCUCGUGUCAGGCUGCCCGGAGACUCGUUCUGCUGCCCGGGGUGUUCAGGAGACACUGGAGGACUUUGAGUGUCACUGGUGCUCUUUGUGCUGUUCCCUUCCUCCAGAAACCAGAAAAUCUGUCCCAUGAAGAUCUAGUAAGGAGAGCAUCAUCUCUGGUCACUGACAGUGCAAACACUUUUCUCUCACAAACUACUUUAGCACUGAUCGAUUCCUUCACAGGGUACAUUAAGGCUGUAAAUGUUCUUGUUGCGUUACACAAGCGCUAUGAGGCGUCCAUCAGCAAGCUUACUCCAGAGGAGGAGAAUGCCAUCUGGAAGGUCAUUCUUGGUCAGCGUCAGGAGGUAAUUGACAGAAGAAAGGAUUGUAAACACUUUGAAUCCUGCUGGAUGACUGCCAUCAAUCUCUCACAACAGGCAGCAGAAGCAGCUUUUAAUGCAGGAGCUGAUCAGGCUUCAGUGGCAGCACAGUCCAGUCUGCAGGUGGCACAGUCUCAGGUGGAGCAGGUCCGACAGCUCAUGCUGGAGGCUGAGAUACAACUUAAAGACUCUAAAGCUGAGGACAGUGAGAGGCUUCAGGUGGCCCUCAGCGAGGAUGAGGAUAUCCCAGACGCAUAUCUACGAGAGGACUAGUUGAAUCAAGACCUUUUAAACAGCCUUAAAAUACACAUGUACCACUACUGAAGCCUGAGUCCUGUUUGUAUUGCAUAAACAUUACUGUAUGUGCAAGUUAUUUAUUUUGUGUAGAAGUGGUUCAGGACGAAUGCUGAGAAAUGACUCAGCUGGGAAAAUGGAUAUGAAUGAGUUUAAGAGUAUUUUAAAUGCCAAACUAUGAAGGUAAGAAGGGGGACUUUUUUUGUAAUCUUGUUUUCCAGAUCAGGUGCUUCACGAUUGUGUGCAAUUGAUUUGUUUUUGUUUUUUUAUGUAUAUGUGUGAUUUAUAUUUACAGGAUGAUGCUACCUUUAUAGAAUAAACAAGUGAAAAGA